UUUUUGCGCAGCUUCUUUAGUUCCUCUUAGUUUUCAACUAGGGAACCACUUAUUCGGAAUGAAUAAAGCAAUCAAAGCGUCCUAUAAUAUUCGCCGUGAUGCGCAUAGGAUGACUUUUUAUAUAUGUAUUCCAUGAAAGAACAUCAACACGCCGUUCAUGGUAAUAACCAUACCACGGGUACCCCACAUUGUGGGCCAGCGCCGUCUACCAGGCGUACGGUGUGGUACAAAUAAGAAAAAGAUGCAGUGAUGCCAAAGGUGCGAGCUACUCAAUCAAUCAGAAAAUGCAACAAGUUUCACAGCUUAGGCAAACAAAAUGUGUUGUUAUAUUGGGAGCCUGAGCCAGAUAUGAUUCUCCGACCCAUCCAAUCAUCCCGAGGAGAAACAAAAUUGGCCAACGAUUGCGCUUCUUGGUAAUGCGAUCUUUGAGCGCAGCUGCUGCCUUAUUUCAACAACAGGCGACCGCAUAGAGAACACGCAAUGCCGAACGGAGGCGGUUUUGCAUUUCGGAUUGGACAGCACACACCGCGAUGCGCCGCUAUCGAGCCAUCAACCCCACCACUCAAUUCCAACACGCCUAGAGACAAACGCCUGCAGCACGCGCUCAGAAACCUCCUCCAUAGUUCCUAGGCAGAGUCAUAUAUUCAAGGAGCAAAAGCCCCCAGAUUUUCUCUCUCGCGCCUGCUGUUACUUGCGCAUGCGCAUAAACGGCUGGCAACUCCUCAAGUGAACGUCUCGUGCUGGCCCCGGCAACGGAGCUCGUUAACGCGAGGCACAAGAGCCAGGCCGACGGCGACGCGAAACGCAGCAACGGGCGUGAAAGAGCUGCGCUCUAAAAUGAGGCAUCAGCGAUGGACAAAAGAAUGCUGAAUACCAAGGCAACUUCUCAAGCAAACUUCACCGGGAUUGCAACCACACAACCUGACACCAAUGUCACGAGUACAUUCAAUACUACUGAAAUUGUGCAAGGGAGCAGGCCAAGCAAUAAUGAAACGACCACUGAAUGUCCCACGCAGCCAGCUAACAGUACCGAGACAACCGUCAGUACAACAGAAUCGGGGCAUAACACCAACUCAAGCAUUUAUGAAACUGUAGUUGGGAACGGAACCACUCCGGCUGAGAUGAACAACGCGACCGUGCUGAACAAGACAGAAAUGGUGCAAAACAGCAGCACGAGCAAUAAUAAAACGUCCACAGAGGAAUCUCCCACAGAAGCAUUGAGCAGUACCCAGACCACCGUCAUCACAACAGUAAUUGUGCAAAACAGCACCGCCAGCAUUAAUACAACGUCCACAGAGGAAUCUACCACAGCGGCAUUAAGCAGUACUCAGACACCCGUCACUACAACAGUGACUGUGCAAAACAGCAGCGCGAGCAUUAAUGUAACGUCCACAGAGGAACCUACCACAACACCAUUGAGCAGUACUCAGACACCCGUCAGCACAACGGUAAUUGUGCAAAACAGCAGCGCGAGCAAUAAUAUAACCUCCACAGAGGAAUCUUCCACACAGGCAUUGAGCACUACCGAGACAGCCGUCAGUACCACAGCAGGUGCAACUGGCCAAAAUUCUUCCAUCUGCCGACUCGACCCUGAAAAAGGACGCUGCAGGGGUAGAUUUGAAAGUUGGUACUUCAACUACAACACUUCUAUAUGCGCCCUCUUUAUCUAUGGUGGGUGUGAAGGCAAUGACAACCGUUUUGACAACUGUACGCAAUGUAUGGAAAGAUGCAAUAAUGGUCCAAACAUAACUGACAUCUGUAUAAAAUUGGAAAAGCAGGCUGACGAGUACUACUCAUACGAGAUCGGAACAUCAUCGGAAAACACAACUGUACCUGGGCUAGGCGAUUACGAGUAUCCUGAAGAAGGACAAUAAAAAUAAA